AUGGCCGACGCUUCUGCGCCCGACGAGGCGCAAACGCCAGCCGUUGAUCUUUCUCAGCCUCCGCCUCCGCCCCCAGAGCAUCCUAAAGGUGAAGAGAUCCGUCGUCAGGUUGAAUACUACUUCUCCGAUGAGAACCUUCCUAAUGACAAGUACCUGCUGGAAAAAUGCGGUGGAAGUCAGAACCUCCCGGUCUCCAUCAGCCGCAUUUGUGGUUUCAGAAAGAUGCGCGGCUACAAGCCCAUGUCGCAAGUGGUGCAAUCUCUCAGAAAGAGCAUUUUCCUGGAAGUAGUCGACAACAAGAAGAUCAGACGCAAGACACCACUCACACUGCCCACCAUACUUGAUGAAGUCUCGGACAAGGAAUCUGACACGGAGAGGGCUACCGAACCUAAGAACAAUGUCGAAUCAGAUACCAAAGUGAAGAAGAAUGUGUUCAAAGUCAAGCAACCACAGCCGCCGCAGCAACUCAAACCGAAGAAGCCACAAGGUUGGGACAAGCCUCAUGGCUUCGAGGAAUUCUACGCAGAUGCGCCCUUGACGCCGGCUGAGGCCAAGGAGGAAGCAUCCAUGUACGAUCCGGGUCUCUCGUUCAGACUGCGCAUGGAGAUUGUCAUUCAGCGUUUCAAGGCGAGGCGUACCAUGCAUCAACACUACGCUUCCAUCUUCAACAAGUUCAUGAAGUUCGGAGGUAUCGACGUUAGUGAGCGCCAGUUUACUGGUGGCCUUGAUGAUCCUGCUCUAGAAGGCAGAGAUGCCGGUGAUAUCGCACUGAUGAUGGCCACGCACACGGUCGAUGUGAGCCGUGAGGACGAAUCAAAAUGGACCGUCGAUUUUGAGGGCAUUGCCAAAGGAUUCCUGUCUUCCUUUUGGCCCUCCGCUGUCGCUUAUGAUGUGGCUAACUUGCGCGUCGCCAGCACGGUUCUUCGUAACUUCUACAGAUACCUUCUCCACCACGACGCCUGUCCAGAGUAUGAAAAGGACAUUAGGUCAGCUAUAGCUGUCUGCAAUCUUGCAGAUGAAGAGUACCCUCGUGUUGUCGAAGCCGCCACGAAUCUUCCUGACCAGUUUAACGUAGCUUGUGGUGCCCUUUUUGGCGGUCACUACAACGACAGCUACGCCAAAUUUGGCAACUGGGACACUGUCAAUAACGGCGAUAACGGCUCCUUAGUGGGCAAUAGCUCCGUCGAAAAGGCUCGUGUGUACUUCAAGGCGGGCAUAGCCAUGUUUGGCAAUGACGCUCAAUUUGACGCUAUCGAGCAUGACUUUGAGAGAAUCACCUCCACAGGCCCAGCCAACAACAUGAUCUUCGAAAUCACUGGCACGGAACAUCCUACUGACGAAACACUCGAAUUUGUCGCCGCAGAGAAUGCCAAAAACACCCAGGGAAUUCACCUCAAGCCCCUCGGUAAGCUGUUGUGUAAGCAUUGGGAGGUGUCAGACUUCAUGAUGCCUGACCUCCCUGCAUGGCACAUCAAGCAGCUCGAAGAAGCGAAGACUGGUAAGACAUUCGAGCUCUGGGUUGAGACGGAUAUACUGCAGCGCUGCUUUGUCGGUAUGAAAAUGCAGGCAAUCGUGCGCCAGCUCAGCAUCGAUUUGCAGUACUUGGACCAGGUCAUUGAGGUCAAACCAUCUUUCUACGCCUGCCUCCCUAACGAACAGUUUUGGUACUGGAGACAACCCAAGUUCGUAGGUGAUGACGAGGGAGCUGAGGGCGGGACCAACGCGAUGGCUGACAUGGAUGACUUUGGCGAAUAAAUUUCUGCCAGGCACAAAUCAGUGCGGGAGCAUGCCACCAUCUUGGCGUUAUGAGCGGGUUGCCGAUGCUAUUUAUUGCUUCCUUGCUGCCAUGACUGUUCAGAGGGUUUCAUGGGAUCCUCAACAUAAUCGAACUAGUGGGGCAAUUGGCGAAGGCAAGUAGUGAUUUGGUUUACAGAUAGCUCAAAAAUCCAGGAUAUCCG